GAAGUUUGAGCGUCUCGAGCGCUCCACGGAAUUAACGGCAGCAGCACGAGCGCGUUAAGCUGCGCGGGGCCGCGAGCGGAUUGUCCACCAUAUCACCGGGAACAUGAAGAUGGCACUGAACAGGUCGCCCUCUGCCACGGAAAAUUGGAAUGGGGCCCCUGAGCGCAUGCGUGUUUCUGCCGUGAAGAGUGAGUCCUCUUCAAUGCAGAGCGAGAAACUCCGCUGUCUUGCCCGAGAUAUCUCUGAACAGGGCCAGCAGGGCACGGCCAGCAGCGGGCAUGAUGCCAACGACAUUGCUGAGGACACGGAGGAGCCGGGCCCUGGUCCAGGAGGAGGGCUGUGUUUUGCAGACGACCGCAGAAGAGUGGACUACGUUCUUGUUUAUCACUGCAAGAGACGUCAGUCCCAACACCGCCUCUCUGUUGUCUCUAACGGUAACGUGCCGUCUCAAAGCCCCACCCCUUCACGCAGGAGUACGAAGGGCGAUAUUUUGGAGGCAGUGCUGGAGGCGGGGCUUGCAAUGGAACCCGCCAACGAACUACAAGAUAAAAUUAGAGAGGAAUUUGAAAGAGGACUUCAGGAGGAAGGCUUGGAGAUUGAACAUGACAAAGAGAUGAGAACGGUCCGGUUUACCCGUCUCCAUGUUCCCUGGCCCGUUCUCAGUCGUGAGGCAGAACUUCUUAAGAUCAGAGUGCCGACUAAAAAGACAUAUCAACUGAAAGAGAAGAUGGGGCUCAUGGGCGUAAUAAGCACGUUUUGGACAAAGAUCAAUCAGCCGUUCCAGCCCCAAGACCCACGCACACGGGUGCUAUCCCAACCGUUCAGCAGAGACAAGCUACACCUAUUUGAUAUAAAGUCGAAAAACAGCUUGUUCAGCAAUGCAAUACGAGGUCGAAUUGUUUAUGAAAUUCUGAGGCGCACCGCCUGUACACAGACCUGUCAAACUAUGGGUAUUGCAUCACUGCUAGCUAAAGGGGUUUAUGAUUCUGCCUUCCCUCUGCAUGAUGGAGACUUUGACAGCUCAGAAGAUAAAGAGCAUCGCAACGACAGACAGAUGCUGCAUGAGGAAUGGGCCAAUUAUGGUGCUUGCUACAAAUAUCAGCCAAUGGACCUUAUAAGGAAGUACUUUGGAGAGAAGAUUGGCCUGUAUUUUGCCUGGUUGGGAGUGUACACACAGCUGCUGAUUCCAGCCUCGGCUUUAGGAGUCGCAGUAUUCCUGUACGGCUGCCUCACCGUAGACACCAAUGUGCCCAGUCAAGAGAUGUGUGAUGAACGUCUUAAUUUCACCAUGUGUCCUCUAUGUGAUCGUGUGUGUGAUUACUGGCAGCUGAGCAGUAUCUGCAGUACGGCGCGUACCAGCUAUCUGUUUGAUAACCAUGCCACAGUGGGCUUCGCCAUCUUUAUGUCCCUCUGGGCUGCAGUGUUUCUAGAACACUGGAAGAGGAGGCAGCGAUGUUUACAGCACAGCUGGGAUCUGACAGGCAUGGAAGACGAUGAGGAAAGGGCUGAGAAUGAGCUACGACCAGCAUAUGAGGACUUUCUUCUUAAGAAACAAGAGAAGGCGGCAAAGAAUAAGAAGAAGGAAGAGCUUGCCUCUGAGUCUUUGUCAUGGACAGACAGGCUGCCAGGGUACUGCAUCAACAUAUCCUCUAUCCUCCUUAUGGUUGGGGUCACGUUCUCUGCCGUAUCUGGAGUGAUUCUCUACCGUAUCAUUGUGUUUGCUGUUAUGUCAAUGAACCCUGAUCAUGAGGCCAAGGCUAAUGUGCGUGUAACCGUGACAACCACCGCUGUCAUCAUCAACUUGCUGGUGGUUCUGGUGCUGGAUGAGAUCUACGGCGCUAUAGCGGCCUGGAUUACAGAGCUUGAGAUUCCAAAGACUGAAUCGACAUUUGAGGAGCAUGUGAUCUUGAAAGCUUUUUUGCUGAAGAGCAUGAAUGCAUUUGCACCUGUCUUCUAUGUGGCCUUCUUUAAGGGCAGGUUUGCCGGUCGCCCGGGUGACUAUGUUUAUGUCUUUAAGGAUUUCCGCAUGGAAGAGUGUUCUCCAGGUGGUUGUCUUAUUGAAGUGUGUAUUCAGCUGGGAAUCAUUAUGUUGGGAAAGCAGCUCAUUCAGAAUAAUGUGUUUGAAAUUGCCAUUCCAAAGCUGAAGAAGAUGUAUCGCACAUAUAAGGAGGAGAAAGAUGGAUCGGCAGAUGAGGAGGACAAAGAUUCGAAACGAGAACCACAGCGCUGGGAUUUGGACUAUGAUCUGGAGCCAUAUGAAGGAUUGAGCCCAGAGUACAUGGAGAUGGUUAUUCAGUAUGGAUUUGUCACACUUUUUGUGGCCUCCUUCCCGCUGGCACCAGUCUUCGCUCUGCUUAAUAAUGUCAUUGAAAUCCGACUAGAUGCGGCAAAAUUCGUCACUGAAAUACGCAGACCUGAUGCAGUCAGUGCUAAAGAGAUUGGCAUAUGGUACAACAUCUUGAGUGGAAUCAGCAAGUUUGCUGUCAUUACAAAUGCAUUUGUGAUCUCCUUUACAUCUGAGUUCAUUCCUCGGAUGGUGUAUCAGUAUUUGUACAGUGAGACAGGCACCAUGCAUGGUUAUACCAACCACACACUGGCUUAUUUCAACACAAGGAACUUUAAACCUGGCACUGUCCCGCAUGACACCGACUUUGACAGACAACUCCGUAUUUGCAGGUACAAAGACUAUCGAGAUCCACCUUGGUCUCCUGAAUCUUACCAGCUUUCUAAGCAGUACUGGUCUGUGCUCGCUGCACGCCUGGCUUUUGUCAUUUUUUUCCAGAACUUGGCCAUGUUCCUCAGUAUGCUGGUGGCAUGGUUGAUCCCAGAUGUGCCUCGUUCUCUGAAGGAGCAGUUGAAGAGAGAGAAAGCACUCAUGAUGGAUCUUCUGCUCACCGAGGAGGCAGACAAGCAAUGCACCCAGUCACACCCAUUGACAACUACUAACAAUGAUGUAGUCAUCAAGUGUCUAGAGGAAGGAUCAUCGGAGGAGCUGCCUGUCUGCAGUGGGGUAUUGCUAAGCCAGCCAGAUGAAGAGCUGAAAGAACUACAGGUGACCAACGGAGAGGAGGAAGAGCUUGAGGAACAAUCAGCAGAGGAACCCAUCGCAUCCACCAGUGAUCUGCCUGAUAGGCCUCAACCUUCGACCUGUGAAAGUCUCAAUACAACUUCAGAGUCCCUGUCUAAGAUAGCCUGUCAUGAUGAAUCACCCACCACACCUUUAGCAUGUUCAAACCAGUCCAUUCAUUCAAUCAAAACCUGCUCACUACCACGGCACCGAGAGUUCGACUCGAAUGAACCUCCACCUCGAGACCCAAGUUCCAGAGCUAAGAGCCGUUGCCGAACUCUUCCGCCAAGGCACAGAGGACCUGAAGCUGAAGCGCAUGUAACCAGACCUAGCCACUCGACAACAUUCCCACAUCUCGACCAGAAAGUUCCUCCAUCCUCUAGUGAGCUCACCCGAAUGGUCUCUAGAGGACCAUCUAAAACCAAGCCCUCUGAAAGCCAAAUGUCUGUCUCAGAUUCACUGGAUUCAGAGCUCACGAGCAGCCAUUCCAUCGCGCUCCCUCGCCCGCCAUCCAGACCGGAGCUUGCUAGCAGCCUUUCGACAGUCUUGCCACGUCCUCCUUCGAAACCAGAGCUUGUGGGCAGCCAGUCAACAGGACUACCACGGCCUCCCUCCAAACCAGAGCUGAUGGGAAGUGCAACGAAAGGGCUUCCACCUCCUGAUCCAGGCUCGAAAGUUAAGGGCCGAUGCCAGACUCUUCCUCCGAAGUAUAGAGGCGCAGAGACUUCUGGGGAGACGAAGACCAGACCUAGUCACUCCACCACCUUCACACACCUCAGUCAACAGAUCCCCCCCUCACCCAGUGAUCUCAAACGUAACACUCCCAUAUGAGUGGGACAAGAUGAAGUGGAACAACACUCCACCUUUUCAGCACCUUGCAUCCGAUCACCAUUCUCAGUGCCAGGCAACCCAUGCCAUCAACAACUCAUCUUUAAUUUCUCAAUGGUGACUGAACAAGCAUCUUCAGUAACUCUGGAUGUAGAUCAAUUGUUGAUGGCUUGGUGGAGGUUCACUUGGUUGGUUAACUAGGGGGACUUCUUUUGCACAGAAUCACCAACUUUAUUGGAGGACCGAGUGCAGACUUGUGCAUUCUGGGUGUUCUUCUGGAGCCAUUUGACAUGGCUCGAUGACUCUUAAACAUUGUCUUAUACUGUGACUUGCCAUUCUCUCUUUCACAUAUAAACUCCUGUACAGACAUAAGCAGAUAUACACACACCAGAUCUCAUUAACCUGACCUCUUGAACCAGAACAGGUGAGAAGAGAGAGAGGCUUAGGAAUAUGGGCCAAAGGGCUUUGCAGUCCAUACGAUUUGUUACUCAGCAAGUGGAACUUUCAUUUCGUGGUGUGUUCUUUCAUGAGUUUUGCUAACAUGUACUUAACCAGAAUAAUAACUAAAUGUGAACUUAUUAACACAAUACGUCAGCUUCAGAAUGAGCCAACUUGUUUGUGGAAUUGUCUAUUUGUCUUUGGUGGCAACAUCUGUAGUGUCUCAUCCAUAUGGCAAGUUAGCACGUAGCUUGGCAGCACGCUCAUGACAUGAUAAAGAAAUGUGAUGUUGAAAUGGAUUCGUAGCCAAUUACGUUGUACAUUGCAAAUACACUGUAGUAUUUUACAUAAUCCCAUUUAGCACUAUGCUAGCACAGCUAAAGCUAA